AUGUCGACCGGGACACUUCUCCAGUCCAACACCAGCAGCCCGCUGCCCCAGGCUGACGGCAACGGACCUACCAAUGGGGCUCAAAUGCGGAAGUCCCAUGACGACACCCACCGGUCGCCUGCAUGUCACUCCGGACGACUCGUAUAUGCAAAACCUCAAGAUCUCCCCAGCUUCCCGUCCGUAGGGCUGGGACCCAACGGAUCCGCCGCCGGCGCAGCUGCCUCUCUGGGCUGGAACAAAAAGACGUCUCCCGAGAUCUGGAAGCCCGACAGCUCGACCUCAGCUUCGACCGCCGCGCUUCUGGCACACGAUCAAAAAAUGGCAGCGAGUUGGGCGCCAUCGCCCAGCAGCCAAGGCGCGCAGGCUGCGCUGCUUGCUCACAAGAACGCCAAAAACACCGAGGCUUGGAAGCCGGCCAACUCGGAUCACGGCCAUACAGCCGCCAACCAGGCGUUCAAGGCCAACAGAAAUACUGCCGCGGCUCACAACCGGGACAAUGGCCACUCCGCUGCUAACCAGGCGUUCAAGGCCAGCCGCAACGCCCCUGCGACUAACAACCGCGCUGAUGUGCGCACAUUGAACCGCCAACGAUCCCUGAUGGCUGCAAAGGGCGCCAUGACCACGCGACCUCGAUCAAACACCGCUCCCACUCCAAAGGACUCGUAUCCGGAUGAGACCAAUGCCGCCGCCAACGCCCUAAAGGCUGCGACGGCAGCGCAUAAGCCGAACCGGUCCGCAACAGGAGUCAAGGGGGGCGCAGUGCCUUACACUACUAUGAACAGGCAGAUGUAUACCUCUCAUCCACCCGUGAAGCCCGAGGUUGAAGAGCAGAGCCGGGAAGACCAACUUCACGCCACGGCAGUUGCCAUGGCCAAGAAGAUGUUCACCCAACAGCAGAAAGUCAUUGACCAGGCCAAGAAAUCCCAAGCGGCAAGGCCCGGUCCCAGGCGAACGAGGAGCUCCAGUAGUCUUAGCGAUGAUGAAGUUCAACCAAUGCAGUUCAACACACUCCAGGAUGCCGCCUAUAAGCUUGCCCAAGAGCGACUUUCCAAGCUUCAUGAGGACAACCUGAAGAACAGAGAAUACCAAGAGUACUACGGGCACGUUAGACCCCAACGCAAGUUCACUAUGAAGGGUAGGCUGCAGCGUCGGAGAUCAGCUAGCGAGGGAGACCUCUCUCAGGACAAGAUCCGCUCGCAGCAGAUCAAGAAGCAGAUGUCCAUCUUCUCGUCCAAACUUUCAGAGGUGGAUGACAAGAAACGACAGAAGGACCGUGAUGCUCUCCUAGCCGCCGCGCGGAGGAAUGUCGAGGCACGCCUGAAGGGCAUGGAUGACAAGGUCGCGGCAGACACCGGCAUGGUACCACCGUCAAGACUCACCGACUGGGAGGUCAAGGCACAAGCAGCAGCUCAAAGCCGGAGCGAUAACAGACUCAGCAAGCAUGGCAAGAUCGACAUUGGCGCCGGCAAGUACAUGGGCCAGGACGAGAUUGAUGCGAUUGCUGCUCAGCGAGUCCAGCCAACGCUGGAUGAGAUCAAUGAAAAGGCUGAGAAGGAGCAUGCCAGGCAGACUGAGCUACGACUUGAGGCUGAAGCAAAGAAGGCUGAGCGUGAAAGAGAAAAGGCCCGCGAGAGAGAGGUCGCAGACAUUGCUAAGAAGCUUAAGGAACAAGAAAAGCACGAGAACCGAGAGAAAAAGGCAGAGGAAAAGCAAGAAGCUAGAGCCAAGAGGGAAGAGGAGAAGGCCGCAAAAGCCGAGCAGAAGCGUCUUGCCAAGUCCGAGAGGCACAAAUCUGCCCCUCCGAUCUCACUGCCCUUCCGCCAUGGUCGUCACGAAGAAUCCAAGGAGCAGCUACACGAAGAGCGCCCGCGGACAACGGAGCAGGCAACAGAGGAGAGAGUCGCUCUCAACGACGUCGGCCAGCCUGUCCGAAUCCCUGCGGCCACUGUGUCCUCCGAUGAACAGCCUGCUAGUGCUCCGCCAAUUGAUAUCCCAGCAGCUCGAACACAUGCGCGGUCAGAAAGCUCUUCCCCUACGGACAAGGUAUCUCCUACUGGCAAGGUCAAGACCUGGUUCAAGUCUCGGUUCUCACGAGGCUCAAAGUCAGAGGAGGAUAGGCCUAAAGACAGCGUCCGGAAGGGCUUCGUCGGUGGUCACUCUCUCACCGGCAUGGACAGCAACAAUGCCAGCACCGUCAGCGUCGACAAUCGCAGCGCCAGCGUACGGGCUGUCGCCAUGGCAGGCCGACGGAGGACUGACCUCUCAGAAGACCAGUCGGCCACCAACGCGGACCAAGUCUCGCCGAUGAGUAGCUCUAGCGAUGAAGCCUACUUCAGCGAAGCUCGCGAGGGCUUGAGCUCGGGACUGAGCCCACCGCGUCCUGUGCAGGACCCCGCGGCGAAGAAAAGCCACAGCCCCGUAAGGGACUCGAGGUUCCAUGAGAUUAUAUGA